UAUUAAAGAAGAUAUUGGUGACAACUGGAGAAUAAAGGCUAGCAAUUUGAAGAAGGUUCUUCAAGGAAUUAUGGAUUAUUAUCAUGAGCCCUUUAUUUCAUGGAUCUCCUACAUCCACUCCUCUUCACACUGGAAUAGUCUGGACUACCUCAUUCUUGUGAAUGUACAGAAUCGAGGGUUCACAUGAGUUCCCUUUUAACCUUGUGGUCCUGCAGAGCUCCACUUGUCAAGUGCUGUGCUAAGCUAAGUGUGCAGUGUCUCUGAGCAUUGGAGAUAUCUACAGGGGCAGAUCAAAAGAGGAAAAUCCCACCAAAGAUUCUCUUAGGACUAGGGAUAUAUCAGCAAAAUAAUGAUCUUCAUAGCAGAAUAACUAAUAAUGUUUAUUUCAUACACAAUUAAUUCUUAGUUACAUAGGUAACAUACAUUCCUGGCUCUAGCCAGUAAACAGUUAAGCACCCAAAGUAAGGCAAUAUAAUGGAAUAUGUCAGACUGUUACACAAAGCCUGUUCAAUUAAACAUUUAUUAGCAUUAUUCAAGCUUUAAAGCAUACUGUUGUGUAAUGAUACAGUCAUGUAAGUCUAAACAUCCUGUAAAAUGUAAGUAUCCAAAACUGGAAAAGAAUGAAGAAUCCUCACCAAGUCCCAAGCCAAAAUAAGCCUUGUACUUGCCCCAUGCAGAAAUUGAAAGGUGAGGGACCAAGUCCAAGGACUGGCACUUUAGGGAUCAUAACACACACGUUUAUAAGAAAAACUGAAGAACAAAUGACAGGGAACAUGACACAGUACCCUGGGAAUUUUUUUCAGUUAUCAGUCUGUCCAUCUCUAAAUUCCCACACACUUGCCUCAUCCUAGUAUUAGAGGCAUCAGUCAGCAGUCAACAGGAAAAGCCGUAAAUGGACUAUCAGCCUUUUUAUCUCUAUUGGUGUUAUAUGCCUGGGAGCUUGGAUGACUUUCCAGAAUUGAAUAAAAAAACUAUACAGUUAAACUGGAAGAGAGAAAAAAAUUGGACAAAGUGAAAUUCUUGAAAUUCUGACACUUUUUCUGAAACACUUGUGGAACUCUGAUGGGGAAAAUAGUCUCUGAUCAAUAUUCUAUAAUGGUUGCUAGCCCACAGCAACACGUGCACUGCUGCAUCUUCAACAGAGUGUACAGCAUCAAGCUUGACAUGAUGUCAUUGGUUCAGGGACAUGUUAGUUGCUGGUAUCUCUUGAGGGUUGGCCUCAAUUGCUUUCUCACCUCCCAGCUCACCCUUAGUUAUCACCUGGUGACAAAUAUGGGUUACUCUCCAACUUGUUUUGUGUGUGUUUUGUUGUAAUUUUAUUCUAGAUUUGAAUUAUUCUAAUAUUAUUGUGAACUUUAUUAGUAAUGAAUUGCAGCAGAUCCUCUAAAAUUUAUGUAAUGUGUGCAGGACCAAAAACAGUGUCUCUUACUCUAAAAAGAGCUAGAAUAUUUUAACUUCUGUCUUCUUACCAAUAAUCUGACAAAUGUCUGCCUUCCUGUCGUUAUGAAAUUAUAACGCCAGAUUUCCUUUGGUUUCAAUUCUACAGUUUUUGGGUCAGCAGAUUUCAGAAGAUCUCCUUCCUGAUUUGAACCGGAUAUCUGAACAUUCUGAUCCAGUAGAACUGGGCAGGUUACUGCAGCUCAUUUUAGGCUGUGCAGUCAACUGUGAAAAGAAGCAAGAACAUAUACAAGUCAUAAUGACACUAGAGGAGUCUGUCCAGCACGUUGUCAUGGCUGCUAUUCAAGAGCUAAUGAGCAAAGAAAUAACGGGCUUUGUAAGCGACUUGCCUGGUGAUCUGGAACAACAGCUGAAAAGAGCAUCAGAAGAACUUAAUGAAGUGCUAGCAGAAAAAGAAGAACUGAAGCAAAGAUGUCAAGAACUAGACCUACAGGUGGCCGCCCUUCAAGAAGAAAAGAGUAGUUUGAUGUCUGAAAAUGAGAUCAUGAAUGACAGAUUGGACCAGUUGGAUGGUUCUCUUGAUGAUACAAAUACUGCAGUUGCAAAGAAGUAUUUCAAUGCACAGGUGCAACUAGAACAACUACAAGAAGAAAAUUUCAGGCUUGAAACUGCAAAAGAUGAUUAUCGUGUUCACUGUGAAGAACUUGAAAAACAACUGGUUGAACUUCAACAUCGAAAUGAUGAAUUGACCUCUCUAGCAGAAGAAUCUAGGGCUCUAAAAGAUGAAAUUGAUGUUCUUAGGACAGUUGCUGACAAGACAAACAAGCUGGAAUCGACUGUUGAGGUUUAUCGUAAAAAACUGGAAGAUCUGAAUGACUUUCGCAGACAGGUGAAAUCUCUUCAGGAAACAAACAUGAUGUAUAUGCAUAAUACCGUUAGCCUGGAAGAAGAGCUAAAGAAAGCCAACGCAGCCCGUGCACAGCUAGAAACUUACAAAAGGCAGGUCCAAGAACUUCAUAACAAACUCUCUGAAGAAUCCAAAAGAGCUGACACACUGGCGUUUGAACAGAAGAGACUUGAAGAGAAGCAUGAAGCAUUAAUCAAAGAGAAAGAGCGAUUGAUAGUUCAGCGUGAUGCACUGAAAGAGACAAAUGAAGAGCUUAGGUGUUCACAAAUGCAGCAGGAUCACCUGAACCAAACAGAUGCAUCUGCAGUGAAAAGUCAUGAAAAUCUUGCUGCCGAAAUUCUGCCAGUGGAAUACAGAGAAAUGUUCAUUCGGCUACAGCAUGAAAACAAGAUGCUCCACUUGCAGCAAGAGGGAUCAGAAAAUGAACGGAUUGUAGAGCUUCAGGAGAAACUAGAACAAAAGCAUCGGACAAUAAAUGAAUUAGAGACUGAAAACAGGCUGAGCAAGGAGCGUAAUGGAGAGCUGCAGCAGCAGAUUGAGGACCUCCAGAAGACCUUGCAGGAGCAAGAAUCCAGGACAGAAGGGGAAGGGUCCAGCAAAUGGAAGCAGAAGAUAGCAGCUCAGAUGGAGAAGUUGAGUGAAGUCCAUGAUGAGUUGCAGAAGAAGGAGGCUCUUCUUGCAGACCUCCAGCCAGAUCUAAAUCAAAAUGCACAAAAAAUUGAAGAAUUGGAAGCAGCUUUACAUAAGAAAGAUGAAGAUAUGAAGUCAAUGGAGGAGAGGUAUAAGAUGUACUUGGAAAAAGCAAGAAGUGUGAUAAAAACUUUGGACCCCAAAUUAAAUCCUGCAUCUGCUGAAAUCAUGUUGCUGAGAAAACAGCUGACAGAGAAAGAUAAAAGAAUUGAAGCACUUGAGGGAGAGUGUAAAUUGGCCAAGCUACAUGACCAUGAAGAGAAGUUAAUUGUGUCUGCAUGGUACAACAAGAGUUUAGCGUUUCAUAAACUGGGCAUGGAAUCCAGACUCCUAAGUGGGAGCACUGCCUACAAAGACGCUGGUUCCUGCCUACCUGGUCGCUCUUUCCUUGCACAGCAACGGCAUGUGACCAAUACCCGAAGGAAUGUCUCUGUUAAAGUACCUCCUGCAACAUCAGAUUAAACCACAGAGGAUAUUCGUGCACUAAAGUGUCCUUAACUUAUUUUGUAACUUUUGUUUUAAACUACCUGACAAAGAAUGAGAUUGUGAUGCUGGGCAUCAGCUAUUUUACAUAUGGGACCCCAAUGCUGGUAAAUUCAAUUUGGCCAGCUGAUUAUAAGAAGCAAUGUGUAUCUAAUUACUUUUCUUGAUUCUAAAUAAGACUUAAGGUAUGUGUUGAUAAGCACAACUCCAAAGGGUUUAUAUUUGUCUUCAUAAUUUAUAUAAUGUACAUAUAAAUACCAAAAUUGGCAUCAUAUUUAAAAUUCUAUUUAAUGUUUUAGUCUAGCAUGAUUACUGAUUUUAAUGGGAGUAAAUUGUUGUGAAAGUCUUCUCUAUUAACAAAAGUAAUUUCCCCCCCCAGAUACCUUCUGCUACUGUAUGAAAACUAGAAAACCAUAAUUAUUGCUCAGAGUUCAUGGCAUGAGGGAUUUUUAACUGUAAGCAGAUUUAACUAAAAUGAUUCAUUGAACAAAACUUUCCACCUAAGGCUGCAGUCCCAUUGAAGUCCAAGCUGUGUUGAGCUCCCAUUCAGCAGGAAGAGUAGUCAAUUCUGUAAUAACUAUUUGGCUGCAAUGCAAACCCCCAUUGAGCUGGGCUGGGGGGGAUGUAUUGAAUGGAGGUAUCCCUUGAUUGAGUGUGGAAUUCCCUAUUCCACCGGCUGAACAUGCAGGUGGACAGAAGUGUCAUCAGUGGGAUCCCUGGCACACAGAAGGCCCUGAAACAGGGAGUUGCAGGGAGGGGCUGAGCUGGCCCAGAAUUAACUGGAUCCCAAGCUGGCCACAUUGCCUUCAUGUGGCAGCAUUGGGCCUAAUCUGGGCUCAGUCACUGCAGCAGCUCCAAGCCGACCCCCCUCCUUCUGUCCCCGCUGGCAUGAGCAACAGUUCGGCAGACGUGGCAGCGGCCCUGAUGUUCCCUGGCCAGGUUUUUGAUUGCAGCCUUAAUCACCAUUUUAUGUAAAUGAAGAAGAUUCAGCAAAGCCAAAAUGUUUAUGUAUUUGCACUCAAUUAGCUAUGUCUUAAUUAAAAAAUCUUAUGUAAAAUCACAGCAUUUUCAAAAGUUGCAAUAUUAAUUUUAAGGCUCCUUAUAGGUUUUGAGCCCAGGCUACUGGAUUCCUGUCUGUGUGUGGGCAGUGUGUGUGUGUCUUUGUCAUUCAGGGUUGCAGUGUGUUCAGCUGUGGUACAGUGAAGCCUCUGGACAUAUGCUUCUCCUGAGGACUGGAUGCAAACGUCCCAGGCACUUGUGUAUCUAUCCCCAGGGAUGUUAUUGUGCUAUGGCCAGGUACUUGGAUGAGCUCCAGGGAAGUAACUUGAGGGCAUGGAAAUCUUUAUAUUAGGUAGUUACCGUUUUGUUUUUGUAUCUUGUUCAGAUUAACAUCUUCUUACAAUAGAGUAUCUGGAAUAAGUAACCUAGUAAGAAGCCCCUAGGGUUGCUUUUAAAGCCUUCUAAAAUGCUUCUUAAUAUAAAAUAUUAUUAAGAUUUUUCUAUAAUUAUUAUCAUGUCAGAGAACAAAAGCAGUAGAAGAGAUCCUCACAGUUGUUGGUGCAUGCUAUCUACUUUGUACACCCUGAUGAAGUAGGCUGUUGCACAGACAAACUUGUGCUGCAAUAAACCAUUCUGUUUCUGUGAUUCCACUGCACUUUUUAAAAUCAAGGCACAACGUUAUUCAGGUUGAUUACACCAAUUUCAGACACAAAAAGCAUGUGUGAGUGCAUGGUUACAGGCUGGAAUGCAUGUUAAUUUUUCAAGGUGGACUUUUUGUUUAAAAAGAGAGUUACACAUCCAAACUAAACUAAAUAGAAUGGGCCAGGUUUAUGUUAAAUGAAAUGUAAAGCAGCCUUGAACAAUAUUAUGAAUAAAAUGAGGUCUGUAAUCUGAGCUGUAGUUGUUGUUUUUUUGGGGGGGUGAUAAUAGAACCCUAACACAAUCUGGAACGACAAUGUAGACUUUACUAAUUUUUGCACUGUAUUAAUCCUGGCCUAAAAUAUAUGAUGAUGGUAUUUCAGUAUUACAUGCUUUUGUGUAGAUAUUAAUACUACAAGUGUGUCUAGCUAUUACUUUGAUGAUGAUGAUUUUAAAUCUAAUGAUGUGUUUUACUUCAUGCCAGCAGUAAAGUUGUAGUGUACUACUGUCUAAGCCUUCACAGUCUUUCAAGCUCUGAUUUUCAAGAUUUCGUGUGAGUUGACUACCUCUUGGGUUUUAAGUUCUUACUGUUCUGCUCAACUUGCUAUCUUGUGUUUUUAGUAGUUUUUUCCCUGGUUUGAAUUUGUGGGGAGAAAUGGCUAAUACAAUGUCUAUAGCAUGAUGCUUAAUGUUUUCAUACUUUAGUAUAUUAUUAUAAUCAAAUAUGGCUGCAGUUGCAAUGAGUAGUCUCCACAAAUAAAAGAUUCACAAGCACAGUAGGCUAUUUCAGUAGCCUUAAUUUAUAAUACAUUCUGUAUAACAUCUCCUACUAGUAUGGGAAAGUCAAUAUCAAGACCCCAAUCUAGCUCAAUUUACCUGCAAUCCUAUUCCCACUUACCUGGGAGUAAGCCCCAUUCUGAGUAGACAUAGCUAGGAUUGUGCUUUAAGUCCUAUUGUAAACAAUGGAAUUUUAAAAAUAGUCUUGAUUGACUAGUUUCAUCAGGACUUGAUCUCAAUUAACUUGAGCUGGCCGUUUUGGAUGGUGGCUGAUGCAACUCAGCUGCAUAAAUAUCUCAGUAUUGUCUACCUCCAUAGCAAAGGGCCAGAGAAAUAUGGACUUGCUUUAUCUAUCUUAAAUUACUCUUCCAUGGAAGUUUGGCAUUGCUCUAUUUGAUCCAAGAGAAUGAUGGACAUAAAAUUAUUUUUAAUUAAAAAUUCCGUGGGUUGUAUCAAGUCAUGUCUCUCCACUGAUGAAAAGGUAUUUGAUCCUGCAAAAGCUUCUGUGAGUAGAAGGGGGUGGGAGGUUAUUUUCACUGAUUGUCCUUUCUCUCUACAGCACCCCAUGCUGCCUUCAAGUGCUGGUUCAAGGAUCCCCCAACCCUGUGGAGGGGUGGAGGAGGCUGCAGAGUGAAGGGGGGAUCUGUGGGAAUCACUUUUCCCCACUUUCAGCUCACAAAAGGCUCCUCUGGAUCAAAGAGCCAUCAGCAGAGGGGCACAUCCUUUGCAAUUUUAGGGAAAGUUUGAGGUCUUUAACAAAAGUAAGGGAAAAACCAGAUGUGUCAGUAAACACACUAUCACUGAACAUAAUUUAGUGCCUUCUCUUUUCCUGUAAUACAUUGUAGGACUUUACUUAUCCUACUCAACUGAGAAAACUCAGAAUGCAAUAAUAGAAGAUCAAUUCAAUUCGACGUCUAUAGAAGGGGAACAAAUUAGAUGCUUUUUCUUUUCUUUUUUGGAAUUGUUCUUUUUAGUCCCAGCUUGGUUUAAUAAAAAAUUACCAUUUCAUAGAAUCAUAGAAUAGUAGAGUUGGAAGGGGCCUACAAGGCCAUCGAGUCCAACCCCCUGCUCAGUGCAGGAAUCCAAAUCAAAGCAUUCCCGACCAAUGGCUGUCCAGCUCUGUCUUUAGAAUACUGAACUUCACAAGGAUUAAUCUAAAAGCAGAGAGUGAGGUUUUCAGCUAUAAUAGUAGAAUACUUGCUAGGCUGUAUCUAUUACCACAUGUGCAACCAUACUAUGCACAGGCUAUACAUAGCCCCAGAUCAUAGACUUGGCUGUUUGGCCUGGAAAAAUGUGUGUGCAUAUUCUCCUGCUGCUGGAUUGCAAAGUGUCGCUAGAGGCAUGGCAUCUCGUUCAGUGCACAUGUAAAAUUGUAAGCUGUAGCGAUUUUAUGUCGUAGUUGUUUGCAGCUGAAUUUGUGGUGGACUACUUUGUGUUUAGCAUUAGUUUCUAAACUUAAACUACCUCCUUUGAGUAACAGAAUUCAAAUAUUUGCUCACCAGCAGUUGAAUUCAGAAUUUUGCCCCUCUUGAUUUUAAUUAUGAACUGAGUGUGUCUCUCUUGCAUUUCACUUACAAUGCAAUCCUAUACAUGUCUACUCAGAAGUAAGUUGAAUUGAGUUCAGUUGUACUUACUCUCGUGUAAGUGUGUAUAAGAUUGUAGCCUUGGUAUGGAAUAUUUGAUUUGAAUAUAAUGCAGAGGAAUUAAUUAUCUCUGCAAAGUCUAUAAAAUUGUAUUUAGAUGGGAUGAACAUUAUGGGAAAGUUCUUUUUUCUCAAACUGAUGCUUAUUGAUUCAUUGUCAGAAACCGACUUAUGUUAAAUGUCCUUCCAAUUAAAGGUUAAAGAGAUGAAAAAUGCAGUUGUCCUUUAUCUGUGAGUUUAAAGAACUGUUUCAUUAAUGAAAAAUGUAACACAGAACUAGUACCUGGUUCACCAAGUGUUGCUCCUGCAAAACCUUAUAUUCAUAGUUUAAUUAGAUUUUGACUGGAAUAUCACUUGGUAAGUUGUACAGUGUUUGGUAAUCAUUGGCAAAAUCUACCCCUCCUUCUACACAACUUCCAUUCAUUUCAGUGGAGAUUGUGUAAAAUCGCAAGUGGUUCUUAAACAGCUUGUGCUCUGUAUCGAUUGCAUGGCUAUUUUCAUUAGAUUCAAAAGCACUUAAGCUUGUAUAACAACUUAUGAAUUGGCACCAUGAUUUAUUGUGGAAUAUGAAUAUGAAUCAUUUUAUUACUGUCACAGACCACAUAUGAAAAAAACAUACAGUAUAAAAGAUUAAAAUACUUAAGAGACAAAAUCACCAGAAUUGUGGAAUAUGUGAUUUCACUUAUUUAAAAAAAUCAUGAAUAUAUUUAUAAAUGUUUUAAUAUUUCUCAGUGAUCAGACUAAAACAUUUUGUAGAAUUAAUGAAAUGUUUCAUUUUAACACUAAUAUAAAGUAAAAGUAUUCUGUUUUCUUCAGUAACCAUUUGCUUGGAAUCACAUACUUGUAAGCAAUAGUAAUGUUUUGCUUUACUGAGGAUACGUAGGUCUGACUUUGGUUUUUCAGUUAGACUUGUCAGGGUCUAAUCUAUUUAAUGUGUAAAUGUACCUGUGCAAAGCAAAUGCUGUCUAGAAAGAGGGGGGAAAUUGCACUAAUUUGUAAAAAUGGUUUUACUCUUUCUUCAAGAAAUAUUCUUUUAUAUUCACAUAAAAAACUUUUGACAUUAA